ACUAACAAAUAAUCGUAAAGAAUCGAAGAUUAGGGAUUCAGGACUUGGCAGAGAGAGAAAGUCACGGAGAGCGAAAUAGAGAGAAGAUGUCGUACCUGCUUCCUCACUUGCACUCUGGAUGGGCCGUCGAUCAGGCAAUCCUAGCGGAAGAAGAGCGUCUCGUGGUCAUUCGAUUCGGUCACGACUGGGACGAGACUUGCAUGCAGAUGGAUGAAGUGUUGGCAUCUGUUGCCGAGACAAUAAAGAACUUUGCUGUCAUAUACCUUGUAGACAUCACAGAGGUGCCAGAUUUUAAUACAAUGUAUGAGCUGUAUGAUCCAUCGACUGUGAUGUUCUUCUUCAGGAACAAGCACAUCAUGAUUGAUCUUGGAACUGGAAAUAACAAUAAAAUCAAUUGGGCUCUCAAGGACAAGCAGGAGUUCAUUGACAUUGUUGAGACUGUCUAUCGCGGGGCAAGGAAAGGUCGUGGUCUGGUUAUUGCUCCAAAGGAUUAUUCCACAAAGUACCGUUACUAAGUGUGUCUGAAGGUUACUCAUUGGACCAUGUAAGAACUUGUAUGAAAAAAGUAUAUUUGCUUAAAACUCUUCAGAAUUUGGACUGCUCUGGUUGACCAGUACUUUAAUAUGGUCCCAAUUUCAAAUUUCUAUACACAUUAUCUGACUUCGACGUUUUAUUUCAAGCUAAAAACUGGGUUUUCCUUCUUCA